UUCCUUUUUUUCCCAAAACAAAGUCAAAAUCAACCUUAAAACCUUGUCUAAACCCUAAACCCCCAAACCCCCCAAAAUCUCACAAUUUUCCCAACCGAUUUCUCAACAAAAAUGGGUAAAAAGCACCAAAAAAAUCUCCAAAAUCAAGAAGAAUUGCUAAAAACAUUAGGAGAUUUCACAAGCAAAGAGAAUUGGGACAGUUUUUUCAGUAUAAGAGGCUCAGAUAAUGCAUUUGAAUGGUAUGCAGAGUGGCCACAACUGAAAGAACCACUACUCUCUAACCUCAUUGGGCCAUCAUCAAACAAUGAUGGCAAUACUGAUAAAGAAAUGUUCAUUCUUGUUCCUGGUUGUGGGAAUUCAAAGCUCUCUGAGUAUCUUUAUGAUGAAGGGUUUUGUAAUAUUACUAAUGUUGAUUUCUCGAAAGUUGUUAUUUCGGAUAUGUUGAGGAGGAAUAUUAGGAAGAGACCUGUUAUGAAGUGGCGCGUUAUGGACAUGACGAAUAUGCAGUUUGCAAAUGAGAGCUUUGGCGCCAUUCUCGACAAGGGAGGAUUAGAUGCUUUAAUGGAGCCUGAGCUUGGAUCAAAGUUAGGAACUCAAUAUUUGUCUGAGGUUAAAAGAUUGCUAAAAGUCGGGGGGAGAUUUUUUUGCCUCACUUUGGCCGAAUCUCAUGUAUUAGGCUUACUCUUCCCAAAGUUUCGGUAUGGGUGGAAAAUGGUGAUUCAUCCCAUUGCUAUGAAACCAUCUGACAAGUCGAGCCUACAGACUUUUAUGGUGGUAGCCGAGAAAGAAAAUUCUCCCACAUUGUGCCAAAUAGUGUCAACUGUUAAUCAGUCGUCCUUUGGUGGUCCAAAGAGCCAGGUACAUGGACUCUGUCAAGCACUUGAAGAAGAAAAUAAAAUACGUGCAGAUUAUUCCAGUGGUUCUGAUAUAACGUAUGCACUAGAAGACUUGAAAAUUGGAGUUGAGGGAAAUCUGGCAGAGCUUUGUCCAAAUCGUAGAAUUCAGCUUAGUUUAGGUGAACCUGGGAUUUCCCUAUUCUGUUACAGAGCUGUGCUUCUUGAUGCCCGAAAGGACUUUGGACCUUUUACAUAUCAUUGUGCUGUGUUUCUUGUUCCAAAGGCUCGAGCUCGUGAGUGGCUGUUCUCUUCAGAAGAAGGACAAUGGGUAGUUGUUGAAAGCUCCAAUGCUGCUCGUCUAAUAAUGAUUUUCUUGGAUUCUAGCCAUUUGGAUGCCAGUACGGAAGAUAUCCAGAAAGAUCUCUCUCCUCUGAUAAUGCAAUUGGCGCCGGGUAAUUUUGACGAUGAAGCUCAGAUACCUUUCAUGGAAGCAAGUGAUGGAAUCAAGCAGCGAAAGAUUAUUAUAGAGAUCACAUCUCCCUUGACUGGUCCAAUUAUUGUAGAUGAUGUGAUCUAUGAGAAAGUUGAUGACAAUAUUAGCCGGCUCUUUGCAUCCGAGGAUGUGAUAUUUCGUCGACUUACUUUCCAAAGAACGGAAAAUUUAGUUCAAUCUGAGGCUGUUCUAUCAAGAGAAGGACCACCAAACUCGGUUGCUGAUAUUACUCAGAAGAUAGGCCGGUCAACUUCAAAAUCCAAGAAAAAAGGAAAUCAGAAAAAAUCUGGGUCUAAUUCCUCAUCGUCUGAUGGAUUGAGCAGCGAUUUGAAAGUUGACCAUAGUUACUUGGCCAGUUCAUAUCAUACUGGAAUCAUAUCCGGUUUUACAUUGAUAUCUUCUCAUUUGGAUGAUUUGGCAUCUAUGGGAGGCAUGGUUAGAUCGGUAGUAAUUGGUCUUGGAGCAGGAUUGCUUCCCAUGUUUCUACAUAAGCACCUGAAUUUUGCAGAGAUCGAGGUGUUGGAGUUAGAUCCUGUGGUUGUUGAUCUUGCUAGAGACUAUUUUGAUUUUAGAGAUGAUGAACGGUUAAAGGUACACGUGACUGAUGGUUUAAAGUAUGUUAAGGAUUCAGCAGAUGCAGUUACAAAUGACCUUUCCAAGUCAAAGGUCCCUUCUUCCAAUGGUAAUUCCAUCCCGUCCAGUGCACCACUUAAAAGCACGGAAAAAAUUGACAUUCUCAUUGUUGAUGUGGACUCUUCAGACUCGAGUUCUGGUUUAAGUUGUCCUGCUGCGGACUUUGUUGAAGAGUCUUUUCUUAUGGCAGCAAAAGAUUCUCUUUCUGAUCAAGGUCUAUUUGUCAUAAAUUUAGUGUCGAGAUCACAAGCCAUCAAAGAUUCUAUUUACUCCAAAUUGAAGUCGGUGUUUCCGCAUCUCUUCCACCUUCAGCUGGACGAAGAUGUCAACGAAGUUAUUUUCGCUCUUAAGACGGAGACAUGUACGGUGGAGGAUAAACUUCACGAGGCUUCUCAGCGACUUGCAAGAUUAUCAAACCUAGAGAACUCCUCAUGGGGCCAAGACAUAACUGAAACCACUAGCAAGAUCAAAAGGCUGAGGUGAUUUACGCUCUGAUGAAUGCCAUAAGAUACUGCAGUCCAGAAGCGGAGCUAGAAGCCAAUGUACUAGUUCGGCCGAAACUAGAACCCAUAAAGUUCAAAUUCUGGCUCUGCCUCCGUCCACGCCUGCUGAGGCUACCAGUGGAACGCCAUAUUUCUUCGUUUUAAGGACCUCUACACCGGGACACAGAUUAGAUCCGUGCAAGUUUGAUAUUUUCAUGCCUUCAGAUUUAUAAGAUAUAGUAUUGGCAGAUAUGUACAUUGGAUGAGGAUGAUAUCCCAAUGUUUGUCAAAGUUGUGUAAUGUGUUUAUAUGUAAGUCUUGUUAUCGAAUUCAUUUCACAUGUCUGACUUAGCUUGUUACCUGAAUGUCUUCUUUAUUUUCAA